AUGGCGUCAGCUCGUCAGCAAAAAGAACUCGAAACGAAAGCUAGAUUAGCUUUAGCGACAACAAAAGAUCCAUUAGAGCGUUUGCGUGCAGCGUGCCUUGCUCGAGGAGCUCAAGGUAUAAAGGGCUUAUCAAUUUUGUUUCGUGUCAUGGAUGAUGAUGGAAAUAGGAAAUUAAGUGUUGACGAGUUUAAGAAGGGAGUCGAAGAAUAUGGUCUGAAUUUGUCCAAAACGGAAAUUGAAGAUCUCUUUCGUGCAAUGGAUGCCGACAGAAAUGGUAGCAUCGAUUAUGAAGAAUUUCUUCGUCGAUUACGACCACCAAUGAACAACUUUCGUUUGGAUCUGAUUGCUAAAGCAUUUGCUAAACUUGACAGAAACCAUGAUGGUCAAAUAACAGUCGAAGAUUUGCGUGGCAUCUACAAUGUUAAAAAUCAUCCGAAGUACAUGAACGGUACGUGGACCGAAGAUCAAGUCCUAAGGAAUUUCCUCGAUUGUUUUGACUAUGGCACUCAUAAAGAUGGCAUAGUAACACGUGAUGAAUUUUUCGAUUACUAUUCAGGUUGGAAACGACACGAAGGAGCAAUAGAAGAUGAGACCAAAAGAAUCCGGUUAGCAAUGGAUUCACGUUCAUGGUGCAGGCAAGCCACUCUUUUUUCAAUUGGAAAAUAUAAUUUUCGAAACCAGAACGCCGUUGGUUCUCAAUCGUUUCCUAAUAAAGAUGCGUCGUUGCCAGACAACAAGAAAAGUCCUCAAUCGACUGAUGCAUCUUCGUUGAUUAAUUUUACCAAUGCUAGCGCAGUCGAAUUACGAAUCAAUACAAAUAACCAAUUAGAAAAAAUUGAUUCGCAUGGACCUGACGAGCCUGUGGUCAUCACACGACGGCAUUCGAAGCCGAGUCGACAUAGUUCUAUACAGAAAAUCACGUCCGAAAUCCGUGAACAUCAACUUCAACGAUACAGAAAUUAUCAGAAUCGUCUGACUGAACAUGCACUCUAUUCCUUGAUGAUUUCAGCCGAUGGCAUCGAAUGUUAUAGUACGGAGUGUGAACCAUCUGUCUUUACUACAUCAUAUCGAUGUCGAAUAUCAGAAUUCGAAGCGUUGCGUUCAAUCAAUGAUCAAGAUAUAAAACCUAAUGCUUCUUACAUCUCUUUAAAUAAUUUAUCGGAUCUAAUUGAUCACGAACCUAAUGUUUCAAGAAAGAACUCAUUCGCACGUUCAUCUAGUCAUAUCCUAAUGCACAAACCUUCAUUAUUCCUUGCCGAUAUAUUUAAUAAAAUGACACAUGAACAACGUUCCAGAUCGAUUGUUGAAUUGGCUAAACUACAUGACCAUUUGACUAAAUCAAAUACUGCGAUAAAUAAACUACAACGGACUACAUCGCUGCCAAAUUUAAACAAAACAGCAGCAAGAUUACAUAGUGUCACAUCUUUGGUCACUGAGGAACCGAGCACAGAUGUGUCAUUGAAUGAAUCUCAUUUAAAAACGCCCGUCGAUCAGCGUAAAAGCAAUUUGAAUAAAGAAAAUGCGACCGAUCACAAGAUACGCACAUCAAAACAGACUGCUCAACUUGCGCACACGGACAGUUCAUCGACAACUUCGUCUAUAAUUCCAUCAACUACAACACACCUGCCAACAGUAAAAUCAUCUCCAAGUAUUUCGCAAUCGACUAGUCGAUCUCUUUUAUACGAUCAUACAAUUGUAGUUUCGACAAAAUCACCUGACGUAGCAAAGGUGAAUGAGAUUCAUACACAAAAAUUCCCACCGAAAGCAAGUGAAUCUACGCCUCACUCUAUUUUCUUCUCAUCAACGCCGCCAUCUUCUCAUAUUCCUUUGUUAAAGAACGAAGGUACUCUUGAGAUGAAGUUAAAUGAUGUUACUCACCAUCUUUCUCAAAAAGGCACUGCCAUAUCAUCAGCAAACGACGAAACAACAUUCAGCUUUGCAAGGAUGUCUUCAAAGCUAAAAGACGCAACUUUACCUAGCACGUCUGACGAGAUAGCAGCAAAGUCCGAAGCAUUAGCUGCACCACCAAACACAACUGACGACGAUACUUCUAGGACAACUCAAUUAACAGCGACAUCGACCGUUCGAACAAUAACUGAGAAUACCAACAAUGACGAUGAACAAUUAAAACGCAGUAGUUUAGGUCUUGCACGCGACUCACUGGAACUUCUUCGCAACAAUACACCUCAUCAUCGAACUAGCGAUGAACAACUUCGAAGUCCGCAAUCAAAUGCCGAUCAUACUCCUCAAAAGCAUAAAUCCGUUUUAAAACCGCGAGAUAUGAGCUCGGAUGCUUUGCUAACACCAAAACUCAUCUCAUACAUUGACGUGGACCAAUUCAAGGAUGAUAAAUACUCGAGAGAGCAACAAAUACAACGUCGUUCUCUUACCAUGGAAGAUGGUGGAACCAUAAUCUCAUGCACGAGCCCAAAGCCUAAACGUGACUCGUUGACUCUACUUCAACAGCAUCAGUCCGAAACGUUAUCUUUUCGCUCUGGUCAUUAUCAUUUAUCGAAUUAUGAUGAUAAACAUGUGGAGUUCAUUCGUGAACCAGGCAACACUAUCACACCUGUUCUACACAAAUAUGUCCUUCACAAACAUGUAAAUCCCACAUUUUGCAAUGGCUACUAUCAUCAUAUUCUGUAUCCCAUCCUUGAUGCAUCGGAACGAUCGAAAAGUGAAACAUCACUGAUCAACCAUCAGUGUAAUGUCGAUGUCGAUAGUCGUAGACGACGUUUGUGUCCGAAUACAACUUCUCGACAACAUACAUCACAAAUUUCACUGACAUCCAUAGCAAUACCACGUACAGAGACAAAUGAAGAAGUGUAUUUGACAAAAAAAGACUACGACAGAAUGGUUCACUUGAUUAUAACAUCAUUAUUGAGAAAGAAAAAGUAA